CUUUUAUUCGUUAUACCAUUUAAAUACCAACCUUAUAUAUAAAAAGAUAUUAUAUAAUGCUUAACAACAACUUAUCAAAGCCUACACAAAAUCAAAAGCUUCAAUACCAUCAAUUUAAAAAACCAGAACCUGUAAUUGCUCAUCGACCUCAACAACAAAAACUUGAAUAUGAUUUAGUUAGACACCAUGUUGAACAUCCUAAGCCUAAUAGCAUUCCUAAUAACAAAAUAAUCAAUAAAACUUUUAACAGUACUGUCAGUAGUGCUAUUAGUAAUAACAUUAACCACGUUAAUCAUACUAAUAACAAGAGCCAAGAAAAUAAUGCUAGUAACAGAAUACCUAACACUGAUUACCUUAAGCUUACACCAGUAGAAAUUAUGAAUAGAAAAAAAUUAUUUGCUUCAUUUAGUUUCUACUUGGAUAACUUGGACUCAAAAGUUGAACAAAAAAUAGAAAGAGGAAUAAAGUUACUUGGAGCAAAACGCGAAGCCUUCUUUUCUAAUAAAUGUACACAUCUCAUUACAAAUAAAUCUAUCCCAUCUCAACCUAAUAUGCUUCAAAGAGAUUAUAUGCAAAAAAUAAAUGCCCAGCCUGAGAAUAAUGAAACUCAAACAAAAACAUUGAAUGAAGUUCCCAAUACCCCUCGAGAUACCCUAAUUGAGAACGCUCUUCAAUGGAAAAUUGUUUUAUGGAGUGAAGAAGUUAUGUUAAAAACCUUAGAAUUCUUUGUAAGAGUUAACUUGGGUAGAAAAGAAGUACGCGAUAAACGAGCAUUAGGAAAAGCUCUUCAAGAAGAAAAACUCUAUGGUCCAUCAACUGGUGCUCAACAUGCUAUUCAAGCAAGAAAACCAGUGUUUGUUCCUUUUACAGGCCAUUACCUUAUAGUCGAGGAUUCACAGCAAAUCUAUCGUCCACCUGUUUGUAAACAAUUUACAAAGGAAAUAUUUAACGACGAGAAUAGGCCCGCUGAAUAUCCAUGGCCUUGUAUGAAACCCACCUAUAAACAUCGUUCACCUUUUGGUAGAAGAAUUCGUACAAAAGAUGACAUGAAUGCUAAUGACCAAAAUAAGCAACUAGAUAAUCAACCACAACAUACUCAUCAGCUAUCUAAUCAAAUACUACAAGAACAGCAAUUACAUAAUCCAAUACACCAAAAUAAUGAAUCACAUAAUCAAAUACCUCAAGUCAGUCAGCAAUUAAAGGAGCAGGCUCCUUAUCCUACUGAACAGCCCAAUAAGUUAGCCAUUGUAAAUAUGUGUGAGCAAGCUCAAGCCAAGAGCAAUAUUGAACACACAGAUAAUGAAACCGAAAGAUUAAUGAUUGUUGGAAGGGAUAUUCAACCUUUUGGUACAACUACAACUAUAACCACAACAAAUGUACCCACUACUACUACUACUACAGCAACAACAACAACAGCAGCAGCAGCAGCAGCAGGUAUAGCUUUAGGCGUUAAAGAGGAAUCUAAAGAUGUUUCUGUUGUUAAAAAAUUAGGAAAACGUAUGUUUGAGACAGUAGCACAGCAACAAGAGCAACAGGAACAGCAGCAUCCACAAAAGAAGCAAAAGAUGGAAGAUAAAAACGACGCGCAUUUUUGUGAAAACUGUAAUGUGAUGUUCCAUGAUCAAGAAAAGCAUGAGCGAGAAGAAAUGCAUCAAGCUUUUGUUAAAGACCAACAUAAUUUUAAUCAACUUGAUAGUGUAUUAGAGAGUGUACGUCGAGUGUAUAGAGAACCACUACCGCCCCAUUUAAGAAACUUUGUCGAUCCUAAUGUUGACGGCAAUAAUGUAAAAUUCCAUCCCCCUACACGACCAAAAGCUUCCAUAUUAAAAAUAGAGUUUGUUUCUUAGUUAUUUUUAACAACACUAUUUAUUUUAUUUUAUUGGUAAAUUUGUACCUGAAAAUUAAAUUUUUUAGUUCUUUCAUUGGUAAUAAAAGUGGAAAUAUUUUUCUUUUCUGCCAAUAAAAACACACACACACACA